AUUUACAUUUUUGCGUGUUACAUUUUCUGUGAAUAAAAAAAUAUUAAUAAAAUUAAACAAUUCCAUAAUAUUUACUAUAACAUAAAAACUAGGCCAUACAUUCAGCUUACCCAAAAUGACGAAGAAAAGAUUCAUUGAAGAAAGAAACAAGAAAUGGAAGCCCAGUGCUUCAUCUGAGGACUCCAACGCUCCAGACUUUAUACCUUUGAAGAAGUCUUUUAAUGGAAGAGAAGAAAGAAAUAAGAAAUGGAAGCUCAAUGCUUCAUCUGAUGACUCAAAGGCUGCAGACUUUAUACCUUUAAAGAAAACUUAUAAUGAAAGAGUAAAUACAUCUCAAGAAGAAAAGAAGGACAAAGAGGCAAAGAACCAACAAAGAAUAAACAGAAACGCUAGACUCAUAGUUCGUAAUGUUUCUUUUAAAGCCAACGAGGAGCUGUUGACAAAACACUUCGAACCUUAUGGUCAACUGUUAGAAGUUAAAUUACUGAAGAAACCUGAUGGAAAGUUAGUCGGGUGUGCAUUUGUUCAUUACAAAAAUGUACCUAUGGCAAAUGAGGCAAUUGUGAAUACAAAUAUGAAACCUUUUCUUGGUAGACCCAUAUCAGUAGAUUGGGCAGUACCCAAAAACAAGUACAUGCAACAUGUUGUCACCAAACAGAUUGAAAUGGAAGAACAAAUAAAGAAGGAAGACUCAGACAGUGAUGACGAAGACACAAAACCCUUAAAUAUAAGCAAUGACGAUGUAAAAGCAGAAGUUAAAAGUGAAUCAGAAUCCGAUGCCAGUGAUAAGGAUGAUGAGGAUGAGGAAGAAGACGCGUCAGAUGAUGACAACGAAGAUGAAGAUGAAAGUGAAGAUGAUGAUGUGGAUGACGAGGUUGAUGAUGACAAAAGUGUUACCAGUACACAGCCAGACUUUCAAAGGAAGAAGUUGAAUGAUGCAGAGGACGGCUGCACGGUGUUCAUAGUGAACAUACCGUUCAGUGUUGACAACGACCAGCUGAAGGCGUUCGCUGAGACCACGGGCCCGGUCAAGUACGCCCUCGUAUGCGUCGACAAACUCACUGAACAUUCAAAAGGCACAGGAUUCGUUAAGUUUGUGAACAAAGACGACGCCGAUAAGUUCCUGGCUCUGCCGGCGAGCGAGCUGCGUCUGGAAGGCCAGGUGGUGCAGGUCAAGCCAGCCCUCAAACGGGAGAACCUGCAGAAAGACAGCAAGAAGCAGCCCAAAGACAACAGGAACCUGUAUCUUGUUAAAGAAGGAGUGGUGGUAGCGGGUACGAAGGCGGCCGUCGGUGUGUCGGCCUCGGACAUGUCCAAACGCCUGGCCCUCGAGCGUAGCAAAACGCAGAUGUUGAAGAAUCUCAACAGAUUCGUAUCCCGCUACCGACUCGUGGUAUCUAAUUUGCCGGCGAACAUGGACGACGGCGGUUUGCGGCGCGCGUGCGUCCGCGCCGCGCCCGCGCACGCCGAGCUCAUUGAGGUGCGCGUCAUGCGAGACCUGCGAGCGCCGCCCGCCGCCAACGGGAAGCAUCCGUCUAAAGGCUACGGGUUCGUGCGGUUCACGCGGCACGAGGACGCGCUCGCCUGCCUGCGGAAACUCAACAACAACCCCGACAUAUUCGACAAGAACAACAGACCAAUCGUAUCGUUCUCGAUAGAGGAUCGUACCGCCCUAAAUGCGAGAAAGAAGAGAUUAGAGAAAUCCAUAGCCAACAACCCGCUAGCUCGGAAAGACGGCGGCGAACAGAACAACAAAAAGCGAAACCGGAAACGGAAGUCAAAUCAGGUACCAGACGAGAGUUACGUCAAAAAGGGGCGGUUCGAUAAAAACUCGAACAAACAAAACUCAAAUGCACCCGUCGGAAAGUUUGUUCGGAAACCGGACGACGAAGCAGAAUUCACAGGACUGACCGCAAAGGAGGGUAGCCAGCACAAAAUGAGGAGCAACCAUAAACUAAAGGCGCAGGCGGACAUCCAUAGACAAAACGUUAAAAUGGAGAAGAAGAAGAGUUGGCGAACGAUGCAGUUGAAGAAAGCGGCGAAGGAGAGAAUAAAACAGCCUAAACAGACGGUCAACAAGAACCCCGCUGGCAAGAGAAAUAAGAAGAGAAGAUUCAAUAACGAUAAAUAUAAAUUUUAGUCUAAUAAAUUGUAUAGCUUA